AUGUUGAUUGCCAUCAUUGUCGCAUCCGUCCCUCAGCUACAGGACCUGUUCUUCGAGGAGGACUCGUUCGUAUACAACAGCGUCACGAGAGCGGUUUCGUCGAGCGGCAGCGUCGCCGUCCCGCUCAUUCUAGUCGUUUUGGGUGCCAACCUGGCCAGGAACACGCAGGAACAUGGGGCGAACGAUCCCGAAGAGGAAAAGAUUGGCACCAAGCUUCUCAUCGCUUCCCUCAUCAGCCGCAUGUUGCUUCCGACCCUCAUCAUGGCGCCGAUAUUGGCCCUGUUUGCCAAAUUCGUCCCCGUCAGCAUUCUCGACGACCCUAUUUUUGUCAUUGUCUGCUUCCUCCUCACCGGUGCGCCUAGUGCUUUGCAGCUGGCUCAAAUCUGUCAACUCAACGGGGUGUAUGAGGGUGUAAUGGCCAAGAUUUUGUUCCAGAGCUAUGUCAUCUGGAUUUUGCCUUCGACUAUGGUCUUGGUCAUGUGCGCCCUUGAGGUCGUGGAGUGGGCAGCCAAGGGUUAA